AUGAAUCAAGGAGUAGCAUCAUCAAUGAUGAUGGAUCAUCAGCAUCACCAACAGGCUCCUUCAUCACCAACUAUGGGCAAUGCACCAAACACAGCCUCUUCAACUUCAUCAUCGAUGUCUAACACUAUGAUCAACAAUCACUCUUCAUCCUCUAUUCCAUUGUCUUCAAUGAUCACUAAUAUAUUUGAUACUGGAGUAAAUCAAGUACAAUGGUACAAGUUUAAAUAUAUACAACCUCUACAACAACAACAACAACAACAGGUAUCACCAACAUCAUCACCUAUGAUGACUGACCAUUUAUCAGCUGCAUCUGCUACAUAUAGUAAUAAUACCUCUUCAUCGUCAACCAAUAAAUCAUCUGCAUCUACGACAGCGACAGCGACAGGAAGCAUUCAAUUCAAUGAUCCAGUAAUACAAGCAUAUCUAAGAUUAACUGAUUUAAAUAUACCUUGUAUUUGGAUAAAUUAUGCAAAGCAUCAACAACAGCAACAACAACAACAACAUAAUAAACCACAGCAGCAACAACAACAACAACAACAACAACAAGUACCUAAACCAUCAUCACCUCCAUUAUAUUCAACUAGUACACCAAGUCCACCUCAACAGAAAUCACCUUUAAUCAACUUAAACAAGUCUGUACAGACUUUAGGUAGUACAGCACCCAGAACACCAACUACUACUACUACCACGGCACUCAAUUCAUCUACAUCUCAUUCACCGAUCAUUGUCACUGGAUCACCAUUACAAUAUACUCCACCACUUGAAGAUAAAAAGGUGAUGAUGAAUGAUCAACAACAGCAACAACAACAACAAUCACAAGAAGGUGUAGAAUUAUGGGUAUUUGAUAUAAACAAUGAAUUUAAUGAAAUAUUACAAGCAACUUUAUCUUUAUCAAAUGUUGAAUCCGGUAAAUGGCAAGCCAAUUCAAAUUGUAAUCCAUUAAUUACAACUUUAUUAUUUAAAUCAUUAUUUAAUCUUGUUGAACAUAAAAUGAUAUCAAAUGAUUAUAUUAAAUUGGGUAAUUCAUUUAUUAAAAAGUCGUCAUCUUCAUUGGUUAGAGAUUCACUUCAUGGUUUAUCAAAGAAAAGAAAUCAAUCAAAAGAUCUUUAUUUUGAAUGUUUAAAGAAUUUAAAUGAUGAUGAUUAUAGUCAAAUAUCAUAUUCAUUUAAUUUCUUUUUAUCAAAUCAAUCGAUAUUAUUUCAUUUAUUUGUUGAAAGAAAAAGAAUCAAGAAUCUACAACAAUUUUCAAAACCUGAAUAUACAAAUUCACCAAUAAUAGCAGCACCAAAUUGUUUUAUUGGAUAUUUAAAAAAGAAUAGUUUAAUAACCUCUGAAGAUCCAAAUUUUAUGCUUACAUCACAGCAAUGGAAACAACUUUUCAAUAUCAAUAUAAGUUCUUCUUCUUCUUCUUCUUCUUCAUCCUCAUCCCCUAAAACACAACAACAAAAGAAAUCAAAGAGUGGAUAUUUUUAUUACUAUCAUCAAUUGUCAGAUAAUGGGUCACCCAACAAUAAUAAUAAUAAUAAUCAGAAUAAUAAUAAUAAUAAUAUUUCAGUAUUGGAUAAACCAGUAUCAUUAGAAUUGUAUGGUAUUAGUACAUUAUCAAGAGGACUGUACUUUCCAACAGAAUUGUUGUUCAAGUAUAUACCAUUUACAUCUGACCAUUUUACAAAAUUCUAUCAUUACAAAUUAAAAGAAUAUGGAUUAGAGAAUGAGGAAAAGAGUACCUAUUCAUUACUUGAAAAAGGGUUACCCAUCCCAUUACCUGCCAAUCUCGUAGCAGGAGGAGGAACAUCUAAAAGAACUAAUUUAGUUUCUAAACAACAACAACAAGUAAAAAUUAAUGGAGAUAAAAAGGAAGUGGUAAAGAGCGUUGAUUAUUGGAAUUAUCAAUUACCUCAUAUAAUAUUCAAACAAGAUCAACAACCUUUACAAUCGAUCACAUCAGCUGCCGGAGGACAAUCACAACAAAUGUUGUCACCGUUGGCAUCACCAUUCCCAGCCUCUCCUUCGGGACACUCACCAUUUGUACAAAACUCAUCACCAAAAUCACCGACAUCACCCAUGACAUCUCCAAUAGACGAAAACCAACCAUCCCCUUCCUAUGCCAACCAUCCAGAUGGACAAUUGGCAGACAACAACAAAAACAAGAGAACUGCAACGGCAUCGGCCAAAGCACCCAAAAAGGGAGGACGAACAGGUACAAAACGAAACAAAAAGGAUGAUGAACCAGCAUCUGUUCCAAAUCAAGAAGAACAGAAAAAGACAACCAAAGUAUUACCAAUACAACAAAUUCAAAAUUUACAAUCAACCGUACCAACUAGUAGUAGUAGUAGUAAUUCAAAUAAUUCAAAUAGUUCAACAAAUGUAAACAAUCCAAUUCAACCACCUUUACCAACAACCACAUCGACAACUUCAACUACUAGUACUACGACGACUACUACUACAACAACUAUUAAUAAUAAUAUGACAACAACUAUUCCAACGACAGCAGCCAAUAUACCAACAGCACCACCAAAUAAUUAUUCAAUCAAUUCAUCAAUUGAUUUAUUUGGUAGUGAUUCGAUUGAACAAGCUGGAUUGUCGGCAUAUAAAAAGGAUGAUGAUUUAAUGCAUCUUUCAGAUACAGAGAUUGAUUUGGAUUCUUGGCAAAAUGCAUAUUCUACCAUUAAUAGUGCUAGAGUACCAUCAUUACCAAUACAACAACCACCACAACAACCACCGCCAACUAUCACUCAACCUCCUACUUUACCAAUUCAAUCACAACAACAAGUAACAGUUCAUCCACCAAUUCAAAUUCAACAAACUACUACUCCAAGAAAUAAUAAUAAUAUUAAUAAUAAUAAUAAUAAUAAUCAAAAUGUAACAAAUCAACAAGAACAACAACAAAACAAAAAUAUUAAUAAUAAUAAUAAUCAAAAUAAUAAUAAUAUUGGUGGUAAUGGAACAACAAUUGUAACAAUGAAUACACCAGUAGAUUUACCAUCAGGAAUUGUUAUUAUACCAUAUAUAGCACCAUCAUUGAAUAAUAUACCAACCAUGCCAGAUGAACCAUACCAAUCACCAAUAGCAACCGGUGGUGAACAUGGUCACAAUAACAUGUCGAACAUUCCAUUAUACCAUCCGGCGCUGAGUCGAGAAUCAUCCAUGUCUAGUGUACAUGAUGGUACAUCUGGUGGUCAGCAACCAGGUGGAAUGGGUGCAGCCAGUGUAGACUCACAGGGUAGUGUCGGAGGUAUGAUUGGAUCUGGUAACAAGUAUCUUAGCUCUCCCACCAUGACUGCAGGAUCACUUUUGCAUCCAAUCAUCCCAUACACACCUACACCAGACACUCUAUCACUUGGAGGUGUUGGAUCGGGUGAAAAUGUAUCUAUCAGAAAAUCGGUAGAUGAAUCUGUUGAAGGACUGGCAUCUGUAUAUAGUAACAUGACAGUGUCCAAAUUGGGUGGUGGUAGUGGUGAUGGUGGACAAUUUAAUCUUGGUGUAUCCAAUCAACCAUCCCUCUUGGCCAAGACCAAAAAACCAUAUUACUGUGCACCAUCGUACAAACCAAUCGAUGAAACUUCACUACCAUACAAUACGAAAUUUGAAUAUUCCUAUGUCCCCAAUUCAAAAUCAAAUCUAUCAUCAACUAGUAAUACAAUUAAAUAUACUCCUCAAAUUUCAAAACAACAACAACAACAACAACAAUCAAUAGUUCAACAACAAUUACAAACAGUACCACAACCACCAAUAAUUCAACAAGUUCAACAACCAAACACAAACAACGUUGUUUCAUCUUCUUCUACAAAUAUUAAUAAUCAACCAAUAGUUCAAGCACCAAUUAAUAAUAAUAAUAAUAUGAAUAUAUCAAAUCCAAAUUCACCAAUUGAAGAAUUAUAUCAAAAUAAUAAUAAUAAUAGUUCAGCAUUAUUUUCAUUUUAUGAUUGUGGAGGAUCACCACCAUUAAAUAGUUAUCAACAACAAAACAAAUCCAAUUCUUUAGUUUCUCGAUUAAAUUUAAAUUCAGAAGAAUAUCAAGAGAUGGCCUAUUUGGUACAACAAUUGGCACAAUCAAAUUAUGAUACACAUCAAGGAUACUCUAUUGAUAAUAGUCCCAUUACAAUCCAAACGGUGGAAGCAUUUUUGGAUGAAUGGGUGAGAUCAUUGAGUAGCAGUGGUAGUUUGUACUCGGGUGCCAAUAUGGCAAGUCGUAGUAAUAGUAUGUUGACAGAAGAGAUUUCAUCAGAGGCAGUAUUUUCAGCAUUGAAUCCAUUAUCGGCAAGUGCAUUGGUAGAUGUCACUUCAAGAGGAUUAUUUUCAUUUUCUCAAGUCAUUCAAUCGGUCUUUAAAAAUAGUCCAAAUGCUCAAUCACCAUUUACAGUCGAUAGUAUUGGAGAGAUUGAAUGGUUACCCAUUCCCAAAUUGGUUGUUGGAUAUAAAGAGGAAUGGAUGGAAAUUCCAUCUACCCUCGUUAGGUAUUGGGAAAAGUCGCUAUUGGAACCCUACUCACCUAAAAAGAAUAUAACCUAUUAUGUCAUUUGUCCAGACAGUCCACUUAUGAAGACAAUGGUACCAUCAUUCUUUACCGAUGUCAGUUGUAUCUAUGAAACCAAUCAUUUCGGUCAUCACCAAACCCCCAAAACCACCUUUCCUUUGCUCCUAAACGGUAUAUUCUAUGUACCAUCGGGACAUUCAACAAGUGGCAAUGUCAACAAUUACCUACAAGCUUGUAAAAAAUUGGCAGAACAUGUUAAAGAAAAUUCUUUACAAUAUAAUGAAAAUAAUUGUAUUGUCAUUUAUAUCAUUAAUCCUUUUAAUGAUAGUAAUGUCGGUAAUGGAGUAGAUUCAAAUAUUUCAUAUAGUCAACAACAAAGAGAAAUAAUGUUGUUUAUGAAUCAAUGUUAUAAAUCAAUUAUUAAAGAUACUUCAGUUUGUGAAUCUUUAAAUUUAACUUUACAAUUUAUACCAAUUGAACAAAUAUUUUUAGGAGAUUCACAAAAUGUAUCAAUUAUAAAGGAAAUUGUACAUUCUGUAUUUAACAAGUGUCGUAGAAUUUCAACUAUAUCAUCCAAUUUUAAUAGUCCAAGUAAUGAUAGUAAUAGAUGGUGUAGAAAAUUUGCAGAUAAAAUCUAUGAACCAUUAUUUAUUUUAUCAAAUCCAAUAACUCCUCCAUUACCAGGAUCCUCUCCUUCUCACCACAACAACAACAAUAACAACCAAUCGUCGUCAUCAUUAAUGUAUCAAAAUAUUAUUCAUUUUUCAUAUAUGAUUUCUGAAAAUGAAAAAUGGAUAUCAUGUGCCAUUACAGAUGAAAGAGGUGAAUUGUUGGAGAAUAGAUUGGUUCCUAUUACCUAUACUAUCAAUGGUAAUAUUGGAUGGCAUCAUACUAUCCAAAAUGUUUGGUCCUAUAUAUCAGAGGUUUGUAACUUGACCCUUCUCACCAACCUAAAGAUUGUUAUUGGUAAAUUUGGUAUCAUCUCUAAAGAAGAAUAUGAUGAAUGGACUAGAAACAUCUCCACCAUUCAAAUUGAAUCAUUAUUACCAUUUGAUUUUGUUGUAUUUAUCAAUUUAACAAUGCAACCAAACUUUCAAAUAUUUUCUUUGGAAUCUUCAAAUUCAAAAUUAAAUAAUAAUAACGUUAAUAAUAAUAAUGUUAAUAAUAAUAGUGAAAAUUUAUAUUUACCAACAUUUCCAUUAAAAGGAUUGUCAUAUGCAAUCUUUAUGAAAUCACCAUUGGUAUAUUCUUAUCAUCUCUAUAAUAUACAACCACAGUUAACUUCGUUGAUUGUCACAUCUUCAUUGAAUCAGCAACCAACUAGUUUAUCAUCGAGUAGUAGUGGUGGUAGUAAUAAUAAUAUUAAUAAUAAUAGUAACAACAAUAAUAAUAAUAAUAAUAAUAAUAAUAAUAAUACAAAUACCAAUUCAAACUCUAAUCCAAAUUCAAAUGCAUCAAAUUCUUCGACCAAUAAUAAUCAAGAAAGAAAAGAUUGGCCAAUUGUUUAUAUGUUAUCAUAUAUUGGAUGUUACUCACAAAAAUCACCACAACAAUAUUUAUUUGAUCAGGAAUUAUUUUUCAAGCAUAUAACUAGGUCUUAUCAUAGACUGAGUUAUUUAAAUAUUUCUCCACGAUUUACUGAUAGAUAUUCAGUUUUACCUUUACACUUUUCAAUUACAAAAUGUAUGAGUAAAAUGUCAAUGAAUAUUUAA